AUGAGGCAAAGGAUGCUCCAGUCCCUGGAAACGGAGUACAACUGGCGCCCCAGCACAGAGAGCAUUUUCUGGAUUUCUUGGCAGGCAUUUUUUUCCAUUUUUCGCAAUUGCUGCCCCCACAACCACGACAUCGGGGUCCCCAAGGGCGACCCCACGCCGCUGCCUCCGUCCACUGCCUUGAAGCCCGGGCAGCGUCAUUGGCCCACCGCCCCCUCUCGCCCCAGAGACCCCUCCCCAGCCAUGUCGACCGUCUCGGGCUCGGACUCCGUGUUCGGGCACUACAUACAGCAGGCCGCGUCCUGGGAGCCCCUGCUGUCGGAGUCCAGCGCGCUGUUCCGGGCGGUGGUGGAGGACGACGCUGCGCACGUGGAGGCGGAGAUUGGCGCCGAUGCCGCGCGCGUCAAUGCGUUCUACGUCCUGCUGCACUGGGGCUCGCAGCCCCAGGGCGGCGCGGGCGGCAAGGAGGAGGCACCUGGCGGCGAUGGCUCCAUGAAGCCGGCCGUGACGGUGAAGCAGCGCACGCUGCUGAUGAUCGCCGCCUUCCACGGCAGCAUGCGCGUCCUGUCGCUGCUGGCGGUGAACGGCGCGGACCCGGCGGUCGUGUCGCCCGAUGGGAUGACGUCCUAUGAGUUGGCUUACGCUGGCAACCAUCCAAGCACACCGACAAUCGUUGCCUACCUGCGCGAUGCGGAAAGCAGCCUCCAGGUGUUGAGGGGCCAAGUCGACGUCUCCAAGGCGCCCCUGGCACAGCUGCCGCCUUCGGGCAGUUUCGGCAUGGAGGGCGUGCCGCAGGGGGAAAGAGUGGACGCGCAGCAGGAGCAUUACAGGGGCCAGGUCUGGGGCAUGCCGAUAGCGAGACAGGACUCUGGAUCGGAUCCUUACAACCCAGAUGCCCUGCCAUAUUCCACCUCUGAGCUGACAAAGCCAGAGUACUCAACGGACGAGUUUCGGAUGUACUGCUUCAAGGUGCUGCGCUGCUGCCGACGCUAUGCGCAUGACUGGCGAGCAUGCCCUUUUGCCCACCCUACUGAGAAUGCUCGUCGCCGUGACCCACGGGACUACCGAUACUGCAGCAUAGCUUGCCCCAACUACAAGCAAGGGUUCUGCAUGCGUGGGGAUGGGUGUCCAUAUGCCCACGGCGUCUUUGAGUGUUGGCUGCACCCAUCGAGAUAUCGGAGCCAGCUCUGCAAGGACGGGAACAAGUGCAGGCGCCCAGUGUGCUUCUUCGCCCACAGCCUCCCAGAACUUCGAACUCCUUCGCACACAUGGGUGCCAACAGCAGAGGACGCUGUGUCCAGACCCGAUAGAGGGGGGGCUCCAAGCAACUCAAUUCCACAGGGGUCGCAGGCCAGCGGCAUGCACAGUGCGCCUGUGCCACAACCCCAGGCAUCAGCACCUGUGGAUCCAGCCAUAUCUGCGGACAUUAAUCUGCCGCCCAUUGUGGUGCCAAGCCCCAUCAUGGUGCCGGCACCUGUGGUGGUGCCCAUGCAACCACAGGCCACAGCUGCCAUGGUGCAGCCCAUGUCACCACCAGCUGCGACCCCGGUCACAUCGGUGCCAAGUCCACAUGCCCCAAACACCCCUGGAGCAGCCGUUGGAAAUGGAAGUCAGCAGGCAGCGGAAGGAGGCCCAGGUGUGACAGCCCCCCGUAUGUCAAAUGCAUUUGCUCGCAAGCUUGGCCUAAACCCGAAGGACAGCCCCAUGGUGAACCUCCAGAAGAUGGCCAUCGCUGGGCAAAUCCCUCCUGGCCCUGCACACGCAGGUAAGCAACCGGCACAAGGUCAGGUGCUGCCCGUUCUUCCACCAGAGACUGCUGCUCCCAUGAUGAAGGGUGCAAACCGGCAGCGGAAACUUCUAAAGCAGGCCAGCCAGGCCGCCACCCUUGAGGCCCUUGCGCGUUCGAUGAGCGGCAUGACUCUGAGCCCAAGCAGCAGCCAGGGGCCAGGCGGAGAGAACCAUGGAGCUGACGGCCUGGGCAAUGCUCAUGGAUUCUACCCAAAUGGGCCGCUGCCAAUUGCUCCAAUUGCCAUUCAGCCAGUUGCACCUAGCAGUCCUGCAGUGCCUCACAUGGGUACUGGUCAAUACAUGUGCAACGGGUACAUGGUGGGCUCCCCUGCUGGCCCUGGUGGCUAUGUGCCAAUGGUUGCUGGAAGCCAGCCUGGUGCCUCUCUUGGGAUGGCUGGACAGGCAGGGCCGAUCAGUCUGCACCCAACUCAAUGA